AUAUAUAAUUAGGGAAGGUGGAAUUAGUUUAUUUAUUUGUUUUAACAGAGGUACUGGGAAUUAAACCCAGGACCUUGUGCAUGCUAAGCAAGUACUCUACUGCUGAGCUGUACCCUCCCCCCCAAAUUUUUUAAACAGGCAUUUCAUUAAUUAUUCCUCAACUUAAUAUAGUCAAUAUUUCCGAGUCUUCCAGAGCUACCAGAGGUUAAGUGACCUCUACAACCAUAAUAGAGCUAAGGACAGCACUAAGACUAAUAUCCUUAUCUCCUGAUUAACAGGAAAUAUCUCCAUUCUAUCAGACCACCAGAUUGGUCAGUGUGGUCUCCUGGACUCCAGAAAGUUGUUCAAGAAUGAACCAAGAUCAGAUAUUCAUUAUUUUAAGACUUUGUAUCAAAUUUAUAAUGAUCACCAAAUAGGAAGCUAUCACGUGCUGCCUAGUCCAUCAAAGGCGUAUCGAAAAGCAUGUGUUAAAUGUCUGCAUUAAGUGUGUUGUGUGAUGUACUAAGAGCCUCCACAGCUGCGGUCUUGCCUCCUGGUAGCUCACAGCAGCCUAAUACAGACAUCCCAGGAACUUAAGGUUUAAGAAGGUAAGAUUGAAAAUGGUAAGCCAUUGUUUGCAUUCAACAAAUAAUAACUAUGUAUUCUACAACAUUCUGUUAGGCUUUGGUUAGUAAUGGAGGGUGUUAAAUCCAUUAGUGAAGUGUUGGUAAUGCAGUUUUGCUAAGGGAUCAUAGACUUCUAGAGCUGGAAAGGGUGAAGGGCUCCCAGAGGAUGGUUUCUGGAGCAGCACCUUGCAUCUCCAGAGAUGCAUGUUCUCUGGUUCCUACUGAAUCAGAAACUAUGAGUGGGGCCAGCAAUCCAUUUAACAAGCCCUCCUGAUGAUUCUGAUGUGAACCACUGAUCCGGUCAAACUAUGGCUUUAAAGGGAGGGAAACUGAGGCACAGGAAGGACAUCUGUGUCACAACUUAUCAGUGAAUCCUAUAAUCAACCAGAUUGAGUAAGGAUCGGUGAGUGUGGUGACUAUGGUAAAUGGAAAAGUAGAGAUCAUGUCCAAUGUAUGUACUGUUGUAUCUUGCUUGUCAGGGUGUAGUGGUAAUAAGCAAGUGGAUGCUUACAAAAAUAAAUACAAUAGUUUGAAUUUUUUAAAUCUAUCUGAAAAGAUUUCACAGAAAAGUGGAACUUCUUAGAUUUUGGAGCUCAGUUUCACCAAAACUGUUAAGGGUUGUAAUUCAUAUUUAUCACUGCCAACAACCUUUAAUUCAUUGCUCUCCCAAACAAGUCCAAACUUUUUGUCAUCCAAAAUGUAGUGUGUGGUUGUCCUUAGGAUAAAUAUAUAUGUUAAUUUGAACAAAUCCUACUGAAUAUAAAGUGAUCCACUGUAUAAAUUUUCAUUUACGAUGUUUUAUAAAUGCAUCACCCUCUAGGCAAUCCCUGCACCCUGAAACUGACCUCAGCUCCUGUGACGACUAUUCUGUAAAUCUCUGACUGCUGUUUUGCAGCAUCCUUUCCUCUGCCCACAUCUUUGAUAUUAGGCUUCUCCAAAGUUCCAUCUUGGACCCCAUUUUCCAUGAAUGAUCUCAUCUACUCGUCUCCCCCAAUUUCGGUUACCAUUUAUAUGCUGGUUGCUCUCAAAAUGUUAUUCUAGCUCAGAUCUCUCUUGAACAGCAGACUGGUUUAUCCACCUCCUAACAUCUAUUUCCAGCACUCCCGCCUAUGCAUUAAAUUUGUUCAGUGUCACCAAAGUAUUUUUGUUUUUAAUUUAUAAUAGCACAUCCUUUAGAAAAAUAAGAAAAUAUGAACAAGAGUUAACAUUAAAUAUGGGAGAAGGGACAUUCUAUAGGACAAAGAAAUGGAUUUCUUCAACAAAUAGCAUGGCAGGUGGGGAUAGAGGGAACAUUAUAGAUUAGAAGAAUUUACAAGACCCAACCACAAGCAAUGUAUGGGUCUUUCUUUGAAUCCUGACUCAAACUAGCAAUACAAAGAAAUUUUUGAAACAACUGGAGAAAUGUAAAUGUGGAAUGAGAAUUAGAUGACAUUAAAGAAUUACUACUAGUUUCUAUAGUUGUAAUAAUGACAUUACAAUUAUGUAGAAAAGAAAGGCCAUUUGUUAGACAUGCAUAUUGCUGUGUAAAUGAAAUAAGAUCGACAAAAUGCUAGUAAUAAUUGCAGCUAGGUGCUCAUUUUUGUUUUUUCUACUUUAUAUAUAUUUGAAAUUUUUAAUCACAGAAAGUAUACAUGGAAGGGCAGGUCAACUGAAAAAGGAAAAAAUAAGAAUAAGAAAAAAAAAUCCUACCAUCCUGAGAAUGCUUGUUUACAGAACCAAAGGGCUAUCUGGUAAAAGUCCUUGACUCUGGCAAUCAGUCCUGGCAGCAAAUCUGGGUUUAUCUCAUGCACACGUCCCCUGUUUCCCUGCAACACACAUGAAGCAUUCAGAUGGCUUCUCAGGGACAGGAAAUUGCGAGCUUUUGUUUUUUCUGUUAAGAGCACUGCCACUUAGCAGCGCUAACCCUGCAAUGAGCAAGUUCCUCAGGCCCAGUCAUCCGUUGCUGCCAUCAGAUUGCAGCUUAAUAAACUAAUGGUCAAAUCGCCUGUGUUCUAGCAUCAGUGAUAACUAACUGCAAAUUUAGAUCAGUGGAAACAUCUUGCUAGACUGUAAAGUCUGCUUGUGGGAACCACUUCUACCUUAAUCACUGUCAAAUACUAGUGGCCAGCAUGUUACCUGGCCUCUAGUAAGUACUAAUGUUUAAUUGAACUGAAACCCUAGGGGAAAGGGGCCACAGUAAUUUGAAUGCUACUUAGUAUAAUAAGAAAAUGUGCGAAGAGAUUAUGAAGACAAGUUUAGGGACUACUUCCUGAAGAUAAUAUUUCUUUCCCCGUCACUGGAAAGUCAGUUAUUGGGCAAGAAAACAAAGAUGAGGUAAGUUUAGGAAUAGUAGAAGCCCAAAGCAUCAGGUCAAAAUAAGAGUAGGAGAGAAAAAAUUUAACAACAACCAAAAACCUUCUAUCAUUCUUUCUAUCCUUCCCUUCACAUUAUCUUCUGUAAUAGUUCUUGCCAGUCCUCAUUCUACACACUAGAAUGUCAGGAAGCUGGCAAACUCCAAACCUGUAAUUACUAAGGUUAUGUCUGGUGACAUGUAAUAUACAAAACCUUACAGUUCCCCUCUUUUGUCUAAAAAUGAAACCUUUUCAGUGUUUAAUGAGUAGUUCCUAAUUUGAAGCCCCUACACCUAUCUUAGUGUGAGAAUUAGUAAAAUAAAUAACACUAAACCAUUUUCAAUUUGGGGAAGAAAGGCACUAUGAAAACAUGAGAUACUGCUGCUCAAAUUGGUAGAAACACAACUUAAGCCUUGUUUCUUUAGGAAGUUUUGAUACUAAAGACCAUUAUAAAAUAGACUUAGAAGCUUGCUUCAAGAGAAUAUUGUCCUCAUUCCACACCUGUCCUUACUACUCUUUUGUGUGCUAUUGUGAACUCCUUGACCACCUAACCUAGGUAUUUCUUAAUGACCAGUUCCAAAAAUUAGGCUUUAUCCCAGUCUCAUUUAGUAUGCAAUGCUAUGGCUGCAACAUCAUGAAAUCAAUUGCUAGAAGUCACAGAACAAGAUUCUGACGUGAGUGGAUGUCCCUCUUUUAGAGUUCCCUUCUGGAUAAGAUACUGGAGGCCUCAUUGCAGGGAAGUCUUGAGAAAAAAACAAUAGGAGGAUGAGGGAUUGUGAAAUGUUUGGGGUUUUUUUCCUAAAGAAAACUAUCAAUAAAAUAACUUUGUUGACAGUGUAAAGCCAUGCUUCUAUCUGGGGUCAAGGCCAGAGCAAUGGACACCUUAUCCCCCUCAUCCUCUUCCUCUGAUAAAGCCCGAGCCCAUACUGAAAAGUCUUUCUUCAUAAGAGCCUAGAGGCCUUUUUAAAAAGUGCUUGAAAAAGAAGGAAGCUAAGGGAAACUGAAAUUAAGAGGAUUUUCCAGUCUGUCUCUGGUGGCCGAUCCAGAAGGAUGUCUCAGUUCCUGCUUCUCACCUGCUUCUUCAUCACAAUAACACCUGCAUCACCAAUGGCCCUAGAUCCUUGCUCUGCUUACAUCAGUCUGAAUGAGCCGUGGAGGAACACGGACCACGAAUUUGAUGAGUCUCAGGGUUCCCCUCUGUGUGACAACAAUGUGGAUGGGGAGUGGUACCGCUUCACAGGCAUGGCAGGGGAUGCCAUGCCCACCUUCUGCAUCCCGGAAAACCACUGUGGAACCCAUGCACCUGUCUGGCUCAACGGCAGCCACCCUCUGGAAGGUGACGGCAUUGUGCAACGCCAGGCCUGUGCGAGCUUCAGUGGGAACUGCUGCCUCUGGAACACCACAGUAGAGGUCAAGGCUUGCCCUGGAGGCUACUACGUGUACCGUCUGACCAAGCCCAGCGUCUGCUUUCAUGUCUACUGUGGUCACUUUUAUGACAUCUGUGAUGAGGACUGCCAUGGCAGCUGCCUGGACACCAGUGAGUGCACGUGCUCUCCAGGAACCGUGUUAGGCCCUGACAGACAGACGUGCUUUGAUGAAAAUGAAUGUGAGCAAAACAAUGGUGGCUGCAGUGAGAUCUGUGUAAACCUCAAAAAUUCAUAUCGAUGUGAGUGUGGGGUUGGCCGUGUGCUAAGAAGUGAUGGCAAGACGUGUGAAGACAUUGAAGGAUGCCACAACAACAAUGGCGGCUGCAGCCAUUCUUGCCUGAUGUCUGAGACGGGCUAUCAGUGUGAAUGUCCCCGGGGCCUGGUGCUGUCUGAGGAUAACCACACUUGCCAAGUCCCUGUGAUGUGCAAGUCAAACACCAUAGAAGUGAGCAUCCCCAGAGACCUGGUCGGCGGCCUGGAGCUCUUCCUGACCAACACCUCCUGCAGGGGAGUGUCCAAUGGCACCCAUGUCAACAUCCUCUUCUCCCUCAAGACAUGUGGCACAGUGGUUGAUGUAGUGAAUGACAAGAUCGUGGCUAGCAACCUCGUGACAGGUCUACCCAAGCCGACCCCAGGGAGCAGCGGCGACAUCAUCAUCCGAACCAGCAAACUGCUGAUCCCAGUGACCUGUGAGUUCCCUCGCCUCUACACCAUUUCCGAGGGCUACGUGCCUAAUCUUCGCAACACCCCGCUGGAAAUCAUGAGCCGCAAUCACGGCAUCUUUCCGUUCACUCUGGAGAUCUUCAAGGACAAUGAGUUCGAAGAGCCUUACCGGGAGGCUCUGCCCACCCUCAAGCUUCGUGACUCGCUCUACUUCGGCAUUGAGCCGCUGGUGCACGUGAAUGGCUUGGAAAGCCUAGUGGAGAGCUGCUUUGCCACCCCCACGUCCAAGAUCGACGAGAUCCUGAAGUACUACCUCAUCCGGGAUGGCUGUGUUUCAGAUGACUCAGUAAAGCAGUACACAUCACGAGAUCACCUAGCAAAGCACUUCCAGGUCCCCGUCUUCAAGUUUGUGGGCAAAGACCACAAGGAAGUGUUCCUGCACUGCCGGGUCCUUGUCUGCGGGAUGCUGGACGAGCGUUCCCGCUGUGCCCAGGGCUGCCACCGGCGAGUGCGUCGUGAGGCAGUAGGAGAGGAUGCCGCAGGUUUACAGAGCCAAACACUGACAGGUGGCCCCAUCAGCAUCGACUGGGAGGACUAGGACCACCCAACACCGGAGUCCUGCUUUGGGCUGCCCAUCUCUUUGGAUUUCUCUCCAUGCCCUCUGAGAACAUCGGUUGACACCCUAGAACAUUGCGCUGCUUUAAACCUCAUACUGUGGGUUUAGACAAACUCCCAGAACCAACUCUGACUCCGGCCCACUGGGAUGGUAAAGGUCACUGCUGAGUGACCUGUCCGGAUGGGGCUUUCAUCCUCAAAAGCUGUGCUGUGCACCCAGAAAGCAGCUCGCCCAUAGCCCCCCGAUUUCUUCCCUGCAAUAAAACACCUAGUAUAGGAUGCACUAAAAUCAGAAGUUGGGUAUAAUAUUUCAAAUUAGGAACUUAAAAAAAUUAAACAGUUGCUUGAAAUUAUGACUUAAAUACCCUCCAACUCCUUAAAUAUGUAAACAAUCAUUAUACCCUGAAAUUUCCGUUCAAAUACAGAAUAGUCAUAGGGGAUUUGGAAGUUUAUCAAUAUAAGUGUGUACUAUUUGGUUUUUCUCUUGCGCAGUAUUUUCUUCUGGGGUUUUUAUAUUAAGUGAACUAUUUUCAAUUAAUAAAUGUUAUUAAAUUUAUUAACGUGCA